AUGGAUACAGCUAGAGAUGGAACCGACGACACCUUCCUUGACCACUCUUCGGACACGGUGGCCCCCGAGGACAGCGAGCUUCUUGAGAUAGGCGACGAGGACAACAGGCCGGAGAUAGAAACGUCCGAGUUUAGACGCGUAAAGGUCUACCAACUUGUCGGUUCACGGUGGGAAGACAAGGGGACCGCGUUCUGCUUUGGGGAACUGGUCGACGAUAACGACGCGAGAAUCGUAGCGCGCGCAGAAAGAGAUUACGACCAAAUCAUCCUUUCCACUAUGGUUCGCAACGAUGUCUACCAGCGCCAGCAAGAGACCUUAAUCGUUUGGACGGAACCUGAUGGAGUUGAUUACGCGCUUAGCUUCCAAGAUCCUGACGGCUGCGCCGAGAUAUGGAACUUCAUUGUCGAUAUCCAGAAUACAUUUGGCGCAUCCGACGAUACACCAUCCUCGCCUUCGCAUCACUUCAACGCUGAAACGGUUGCUGCGAUGAAGUUCUUGCGCAACGGACAACUUCCCUCACCGACUAUGGGUGCGAUCGAAGAGGUUGGACGCGCGCUAAAGGCAAUAUCGCGGUCGCCGAGCGUGAAAGAGCGCUUGUGCGAACUCUUCAUACAGCAGGACUACAUCAAGCAGCUAAUCAGCGUCAUGACGGAUGUUGAAGACCUGGAGAGUCUGGAACAUCUGCACCUUUUGUGUAGCCUCAUGCAGACGAUACUGAUGCUCGGCGAUCACAAUCUGUAUGAGUACAUCCUGGAGGACGACAUAUUCUUAGGCGUCGUCGGCAUGCUUGAAUAUGAUCCCGAGUUCCCGGCACACAAGGCCAAUUAUCGGCAAUUCCUGACACAAUGCACUACUUUCCACCAACCCGUACCCGUCCGCGACCCCUCCAUCAUGCGCAAGAUACACCACACGUACCGCCUGCAGUUCCUGAAGGACGUCGUGCUUGCCCGCGUCCUCGAUGACUCCACCUUCAAUGUUCUCAACUCGUGUAUCAUCUUCAACCAGAUCGACAUCAUCAACCAUAUCCAGCAGGAACAGCGCUUCCUGGCCGACUGCAUACGGUUGUAUGUCGACGAGGACACGAUCAUCAAGAAGAAACCGGAGGCGAACGGGCAUGAGCCACCCAAAGCGGAAGCGUCUCCCGCUGCCAGCGACGACAAGCCGAAGGACUCUCCAAAACCCAACGGCGAGGGUACACCGGACAAGCGACCACCACUGGGCCAGCGCAUCUUCCACUGUCUUCCCCUCGAGAUCCUUUCACCCAAGGAUAUCGCCCUACGACGGGAAGUCAUCUUCCUCAUACAACAACUAUGCGUCAUGGGCAAGAACAUCCAGCUGGCUGCGCGAAUGUCUCUCUUCCGCUGUCUCGUCGACCGCGGUAUCCUCUUUCCUGUUCAGUGGGCCCUCAGCCUGUCUGAGUCAGACGAAACUGCGAAGCCUGUGAUCAGCGCAGGCGGCGAGAUCCUGACGACGCUGCUCGACCAUGACCUGAAUGGCGUCCGGAAUCACGUCCUGAAGCACGUCAACGCCAUUGAGCGUGCGAAGGAGGCCGGCACGCCAGGAGCGGACAAGGUGGAGACGCUGCUCGAGCUGGUAUGCAGGAUAGUCGCGCAGAGCAAGGAUCUGGCGGUGCAGAGUCAAAUCGGCGAGGCACUCAAGAUCUGGAUGGACAUGCCGACAGAUACAGGCGCGCUAGCGGGAGAGGCGUCGCAUCUAAUGCGGAAGGACGAGCCGGGGACGGAGCGCUUCUUGGAUUACUUCUACAAGGGCUGUGCGAAGACCCUCUUCGCCCCGAUCACAGACCUCCCGGACUGGAGAAGCCUGAACGGUUGCGGCGCAGGCGUCCUUCCUCUGACACGCGAGGAGACGAACCGAUAUGUCUAUCUGUGUGACCUCCUGUACAACUUCACCCAGCAUCACAACUUCCGCAUCAUGGUGCAUAUCAUGAGCCAGGGUCUGAUGACGCGCGUGGCCACGCUGUUUAGGGCGAGGGAUAAGCAUUUGAGGCAUUCUGCGUUCCGCUUCUUUCGACUGCUGCUGAGGAUGAACAACAACAACAUGCACCAGCAGAUGGUCAAGCAUGACCUGUUCAAGCCCAUCAUCGACCUCACGUUGAGCGAGUCAAGACGAGACAACCUGCUCAGCGGCUCUUGUCAGGACUUGUUCGAGCACAUACGGCGGGAAAACAUGAAGAGCAUCAUCGAGUUCAUCAUGAAGAACCACGGCGAUGACAUCCGGAAGUUGGCAGAGACGCCCUUGGGCCGCCAUCGAUUCGAGAUGUUCAUCCGGCGGACGCCAGAAAUCUCGCGCUUUCGGCCACAUCGCGCCAUGGACGCGGAGGAGGAAGAGUGGUUCAACGCCGACGAGGACGACGAUACGAUACCCGCGAUCAGCCAGGCGUACGCCCGCGGCACCGACGCUGCGCAGGCCGUCCCGUCUACGUCCCUCAAGCGCAAGCGGCGCACGAUGGCGCAGUCCCCAACCAAGGUCAAGAUCACGCCCCCGCGCUCGCCGUCGCUGGGGCAGCUAGCGGAGUACGGGGAUGAGGACGAGGAGGACGGGCCGCAACCGAGGCCAGCAGACGACCGGAUGCAGGGCACCGAGGACGAGCCGCCAGAGCGCAGUCGACCCGAGUCGCCCUCGCCGGGCCUCAUGGCGAGCAUGGACGAGUUGGGGCCGGUGCGGUUGGGCGAGAAGCGGCGGCGGGAGGAGGAUGAGGACGAGGACUCGCUGGAGCGGCUGAGCAAGGUGAAGAAGGCGAGGGACGCGGCGGAUCGGAGCGGUGGUGUGAAGCAGGGCGACGAUCCGCCUGCGGGGGGCAAGCGGACGAUGAAGCUGAAGUUGGGUGGCGGGAGGGCGACGACCGCGUCGCCGACGCCCUCACCGACAGCAGAGUCCCAACCACAGCCGAAGAAUGGGGAUACGGGCUAG